AUCCCAACAUUGCCCAUGCCGUGGCAAAUAGUGUCCUUUCUGUCCUCGCUCUCAUGAGUUAUGCCUUCCUUCCCAUCUGGACUGGCAUUUUCAAGCCUCUGCCUCGCUUUAUUUUCUCUCACUUCAAAUUCAGAAAUACCUGUAGGGUUUGGUGCAGCGGUGAUCGUAAGAACAUAAAUCGACCUGAAAAUAUGGAACAAGUUGUGGCCGAUGGCGCAGAAGUAAUGGUGGGGGACACUGAAUUACUGCAAAAGAAAAUAUCAUAUAUUCGACUCGACGGUCCUGCGAAGCUUCAGGUUAUUGCAGAUUUUGAUGCUACACUAACCAAGUAUUGGGUCGAUGGUCAGCGAGGGCAUAGUAGUCAUGGCCUUUUGCAACAGGGGAAUCCAGAGUAUGAUGUCAAGAGGCAGAAAUUAUACGAAUAUUAUCAUCCAUUAGAAAUUGACCCAACAAUUCCUAUUUAUGAGAAAGCCAAACUCAUGGAAGAGUGGUGGGAGAAAACACAUGGUCUCCUUAUUGAGGGAGGACUCACAUAUGGUGCUAUAAAGACUUCCGUGGCUAACUCCAGGAUUGCAUUCAGGGAUGGAGUCAUUGAACUUUUUGAACUUUUGGAGAAGAGCAAUGUCCCUGUCCUCAUAUUUUCUGCUGGCCUUGCAGAUAUAAUAGAAGAGGUGCUGAGGCAGAAACUUCAUAGGUCUUUUAAGAAUGUUAAAAUUGUAUCUAACCGGAUGGUUUUUGACCAGAAUGACCAUCUAUUAUCGUUUAAAGGGAAGACUAUCCAUGUCCUGAAUAAGAAUGAGCAUUCAAUUGAUAUGGCUGCACCUGUUCAUGAUCAACUGGGUGAUGUCAAUGGAUUGGCUGAUGAUCCCUCCUCGGUGAAAAUGAGAACUAAUGUGUUACUCCUAGGUGAUCACAUUGGAGAUCUUGGAAUGUCUGAUGGUCUAAAUUACAAAACACGAAUUUCUGUGGGAUUCUUGAAUGAUAACAUUGAAACUUCUCGGGAUAGCUACCAAAAAUCCUUCGAUGUUGUGUAUAUGAACGACGCAUCCAUGUGGGGAGUUGUCAAGCUUGCUUCUCAGCUUUGUUCAAUGUGAAUUGAUUGAAGAAUGGAGUACAGCACUGGUCGGAAGACUAAAGUUCUUUGGCGAGAUAAAUUCAUUGGAUCCCAUCUCUUAUUUCCAAAAUAAAAUAUCUAAGAGGAGCUCGGCCUGAUCAUUUGAUGAAGAAUCAGAGCUCAUCAAGUUUGCUUCAUUGAGUUGUCGGUUUUUUGAGGUCCUCUUAACCUGUCAUCUUCUCUACUGUCUCUUCACCCUAUCGAUUUUAGGAUUGGACAUAAUUUAAUGUAUGGUACAGCUAAUGCAUAAACACUUGGGGUGCUUAUUUUGUUCUCUAAGUUUUAAAAUCAUUUGGCACGUUUGAAUACAUUCUUUAUUGGUUAUA